AUGCAUUGUAGUGCCUUGCAUGAGAAGGAAAAGAAGAAAAAGGGAGGCAUGACCCGAAUUCAGUUCUUCCUAAUUGUCCUUGUGGCCAGUUUCGCAUACUACAUUCUCCCCGGUUAUCUAUUCACAAUGAUAACUUCCAUCUCAUGGGUCUGUUGGCUUAGUCCCAAAUCGGUUUUAGUCCACCAACUCGGUUCAGGUGAACAAGGUCUUGGUAUUGGCGCAAUUGGUAUUGACUGGGCUACAAUUAGUUCUUACUUGGGUAGCCCACUCGCGAGUCCCUUAUUCGCUACCAUCAAUGUAGCCAUCGGUUUUGCGGGGAUCAUGUAUGUCGCCACCCCGAUUUGUUAUUGGCUAAAUAUAUACAAGGCCAAAACAUAUCCCAUCUUCUCAAGUGGGCUUUUCAUGGGAAAUGGCUCUUCCUAUGAUAUUUUAAGCAUCAUUGAUAAUAAGUUUCAUCUCAACCGCGAAAUCUAUGCAAAGACUGGUCCUAUUCAUAUGAGCACUUUCUUUGCAGUCACAUAUGGGCUAGGGUUUGCUACUUUGUCCGCAACUAUUGUCCAUGUUUUACUUUUCAACGGAAGGGAUUUAUGGAAACAAACAAGAGGUGCUUUUCAAAGGAACAAGAAAAUGGAUUUACACACGAGAAUCAUGAAGAAAAACUAUAGGGAAGUUCCCAUGUGGUGGUUUUAUGUGAUCCUCGUACUUAACAUUGCGCUCAUCAUGUUCAUCUCUUUCUACUACAAUGCAACCGUGCAGCUACCUUGGUGGGGAGUGUUGCUAGCUUGUGCCAUUGCCGUCUUCUUCACUCCUCUUAUUGGUGUUAUCGUAGCCACCACUAAUCAGGCACCGGGUUUGAACGUCAUUACGGAAUAUGUAAUCGGGUAUAUCUAUCCAGAACGUCCGGUUGCGAACAUGUGCUUCAAAGUGUAUGGAUACAUCAGCAUGACUCAGGCUCUAACAUUCAUCCAAGACUUCAAACUCGGUCUCUACAUGAAGAUCCCUCCUAGAAGCAUGUUCAUGGCACAGGUGGUUGGGACGCUUGUGGCAGUGAUAGUGUACACAGGAACUGCUUGGUGGUUAAUGGUAGACAUUCCUCAUCUAUGUGACAAAUCUUUGCUUCCUCCAGAUAGCGAAUGGACCUGUCCGAUGGACCGUGUCUUCUUCGAUGCUUCUGUGAUUUGGGGACUUGUGGGACCACGUAGAAUGUUUGGUGACUUAGGGGAAUACUCAGCCAUAAAUUGGUUUUUCCUCGUAGGUGCAAUCUGCCCUUUCUUUGUCUGGCUAGCGACCAAAGNAAACUAA